GUCAUGUUUUGUGUACGUCAUAGCCUGCACUGCGAUUCUUUGAAGUUCAUUAGAAACGGGUUUUGUGGAGACUGGACUGCAGAAUUAUACAGAGAAACAGCAGGUUGCAGAAAAAUAAAUGAUCUAUUAAAUCUUUCGUGUAAGAAAGAAGUGAACGAACGAAGUGUAUAUCCGUCAUGCGCUAGUAGUUUGAUACAAUAUUGCUUUUGCACUGCUUUAUUUUGAAAACGAGUCAUAUGAGUUUGAAGUGAAGAUGGCCGAUGGGAGGCUGAUAUCAUCGUACCCUUUUCAGGAUCCACAACUUUCACAAAGUUUGGACGCCACGGGGGACUCUGACAGAGUACAUAUUCAAGCUAAAAACGGACAUGUUGCUGGCACCCCGGAUGAGUCUUUCUCUCCGACGUCGGUCAUUUAUUUUAAAGAGGCGCUCAGUUCGGCCAACAUCCGAUUUGCAAAGACUGGACUGUCAUCUCCCACUCCUGUUCAAUAUGAGUUCAAUAUCGAAAGAAUGUCCAACAAAACGAAAAAUCCGAAGGACCCUAUAGCCAUCGAGCGGUUGAACCUGAUGAACAUGGCUAAGCUGAGCAUCAAGGGUCUGAUUGAGUCGGCCCUGAACCUGGGCAGGACCCUGGACUCUGACUACGCUCCGUUACAGCAGUUCUUCGUGGUCAUGGAGCACUGCCUCAAACACGGACUCAAAACCAAGAAGACGUUCCUGGGGCAGAACAAGUCUUUCUGGGGGGCCCUGGAGCUGGUGGAGAAACUCACCCCUGAGGCUGGAGAGAUCACCGCCAGCGUCAAGGACCUGCCAGGACUCAAAACCCCAUUAGGAAGAGGGCGGGCCUGGCUGCGAUUGGCCCUGAUGCAGAAGAAGCUGUCAGAUUACAUGAAGACCAUCAUCAACAGAAAGGACCUGCUCAGUGAGUUCUACGAGUCCAACGCUCUCAUGAUGGAGGAGGAAGGAGCCGUGAUCGCCGGACUGCUGGUUGGGUUGAACGUCAUCGAUGCUAAUCUCUGUAUGAAGGGAGAAGACCUCGACUUACAGGUCGGGGUGAUAGAUUUCUCCAUGUAUCUUAAGGAUGGUCAAAGCAGCAAGACGGCAGAAGGGGAUGGCCAGAUCACAGCCAUCCUGGACCAGAAGAACUACGUUGAGGAGCUAAACAGACACCUGAGUGCUUCAGUCAACAACCUGCAGGCCAAAGUAGACGCUAUGGAGAAGUCCAACACCAAGCUCACUGAAGAGCUUGCAGUAGCCAACAACAGGAUCAUCACCCUACAAGAGGAUGUAGAACGGGUCAAGGAGGAGAGCUCCAACCAGUCCAGUCGCAAGGCAUCGCAGGCAGGGGACAGCUUGGCAGACGGUCAGGUGCUGGGGGAGGCACGCAAACAGCUCAAGGAGGAAACACAGCUACGAUUGGAUGUAGAGAAGGAGUUGGAGGUUCAGAUUGGUAUGAAGCAGGAGAUGGAGCUGUCUAUGAAGAUGUUAGAGACGGAUAUGUGUGAGAAACAGGAUGCUCUGGUUGAGCUACGACAACAGCUAGAAGACCUCAGGUCCCUCAACCAGCAGCUAGCGCAGAAGUCCCAGAACUUGGAGGCGGGCGCCAAGCAGAAGAGUGAGGUCAUCAGUCGCCUGGAGGAGAAGACUAAUCAGAUGGCUGGAACUAUAAAACAGCUGGAGAGCAGAUCCCGUCAGGCGGAGACAGAGAGGGACCAGGCAGGGGAGGAUAAUAGAAUGUUCAAACAGGAGUUUGGAGAGAAGAUAGACGCUCUACAGCUGGAGGUGGAACAUCUCAGGAAACACAGGUCAUGUUUGGAGCUGGAGCUGAGGAGAGGGAGGGGUAGUGGUGGAGGUAGCCAGUAUAUAGAGCCUGUGUCUGGGGAGAAGAUGACCUCGGCCCCCCCAGAGAGACCUGAAACACCUGGAAGACAUCCGGAAGGAACUGGAGGCAGUGAAGAAGGAGAAUCAUCCACUAUGUGCUGUGGUAGAUGACUCGAGCGGUCCAGGGUCCAACAUGUCAAUGUCACAAGAUGAGGAUGAGCAGGAGGAGUAUUGUCUUGAGAUCAGCCCUCAAACUGAAGGGUUUCACUGACCAUGAUGUCUGUCUUCCUCUGACCAUGAUGUCUGUCUUCCUCUGACAUAAUGACUUCUUCAAACUGAAGGGUUUCACUGACCAUGUCUCAAUCUAGUUGACAUGAUCCUCCCCCUGAGCUCCUCUAAUGUCUCAUCUGGUUACUGAAAAUAAACUCUGCCUUAAAACAGAAAGAUUUAACUCCCAUUCUAUAGAGCCAGGGUGUUCUAUGACAGCUGUCUGGCCAAUGGGCUGCCCCUCCCCUCCGUCAACAUAUCUGUGACUCCUGCCACCGCAGCAGUACACACCCAGCCCUGCCUGAGAGAGACACCCAGCCCUGCCUGAGAGAGACACCCAGCCCUGCCUGAGAGAGACACCCAGCCCUGCCUGAGAGAGACACCCAGCCCUGCCUGAGAGAGACACCCAGCCCUGCCUGAGAGAGACACCCAAAGGGUAUAUUUUUAUACGGCGUCCCGGCAAAAGAAAUACCAGUAAUCCAUCAAUCUUUUUUUUAUUUUUAUAAUUAAAAAAUGUAGGCUAUAACAGCAUUAUUUCUCAUUACCACAUCAGAGGAGAAAAAAUGGCUUUAGAAACGGGUGACAUAGUCUACUUGAAAGCAUGUGAUAUAGCCUACUUGGAAACGGGUGAUAUAGCCUACUUGGAAAUGGGUGAUAUAGUCUACUUGGAAAUGGGUGAUAUAGCCUACUUGGAAAUGGGUGAAAGAGUCUACUUGGAAACGGGUGAUAUAGCCUACUUGGAAAUGGGUGAUAUAGCCUACUUGAAAGCAUGUGAUAUAGCCUACUUGGAAACGGGUGAUAUAGCCUACUUGGAAACGGGUGAUAUAGCCUACUUGGAAAUGGGUGAUAUAGCCUACUUGAAAGCAUGUGGCCUCGUAAAGGGUCCUUUUGAAGUAAUUAUUUGGUGAAAACAUCAUGACUGGUUAUGUUUAUGCCACAAUAAAAGUUAAAUGACAAAUCUUUA